UGCUUGCAGUAUUUUGAGCAUGUGGAAGAGGCUGAGUGGGCAGUCCAGAUUUUGAAGAGCACCAAGAAACCUGUGGCUGCAACUCUGUGUAUCGGACCUGAGGGAGACCUGAACGGAGUCAGCCCUGGAGAGUGUGCCAUCAGACUCGUCAGAGCUGGAGCUCAGAUUGUGGGUGUCAACUGCCACUUUGACCCAGAGACCUGUGUGAAGACUGUAAAGAUGAUGAAGCAGGCAGUGGAGGGAGCCGGGCUGAAGGCUCACUACAUGACCCAGCCGCUGGCUUACCACACUCCUGACUGCAACUGCCAGGGUUUUAUCGAUCUGCCAGAGUUCCCUUUCAGUAAGUACACUCCCUUAAAACUGACGCUUCAACACUGUUAA